GAUGUUCAAUUUUUCCUACCCUCAGUCUUUAUUUGUUGUUAGUAACUUUAUUGUUACAAAGACAUGUAGGAGUCCUUACCCUUUGUAUCUCUCUCUCUCCACUCUCCAAGGCUAAACCACUAAGGAAACUCAUCCAGCAGACCUUCAAACAAUUUGCCAACCUAAACGAUGAACAGAGUAUUCACAAGUUCUUUGAGAUCCUGUCUCCCAUUUACAGAUUCGACAAGGAAUGUUUUAAAUGUGCCCUUGGGUCCAGUUGGAUUAUCUCUGUGGAGCUUGCCAUUGGACCUGAGGAGGGCAUCAGCUACCUGACAGACAAAGGCUCAACUCCGACACAUCUGGCCAACUUCACCCAGGUACAGACCAUCCAGUACUCCAGCACGGAGGACAAGGUGCGCCAGGGGAUGCUGCUGCUCAAUGUGGCUGGAGCCCCUGAGCCUCUGACGGUGACCACAGCGUCUCUGAACACGGCAGAGAACAUGGCGGACCUGAUAGAUGGAUACUGUCGCCUGGUCAACGGAGUCUCCCAGUCCUUCAUCGUCCGCGUUCAAAAGGAGGGAGAGAGAGCGCUACCUUCCAUCCCAAAGUCCACCCCGAAAGUCUCCAACCAUGAGAAGCGUCUGGAUGGGGGGGUCCGGACAAGGGUUGCAUGUGUCUCAGAGACAGACGACUAUGCGGAGAUCAUAGAUGAUGAGGAUACCUACACCAUGCCCUCCAGUGAGUACCGUAGCAUCUGUCACACAGGGAGUAAGUAAGGGAUCAUGUGCUGA